AGACUCUAUGCGCUGUGCACUGCAGACACUGCACACUGCAGACGUUGAUUGCUGGAGCAGUCCACACUGUACCAGAGAUAUACUUUAAAUUCCAUAUUGCAGACACACCGCACAACCCGCAUUAAAAAUCGAUCUCUGGAUCAGAGAAAACUCCAGUUUCAAACGAAAUUCUUAAGAAAGCUUAUGGAAACAGAUCAUUAUCGGAAACCCGUUGUACAGCAGCUGAUCCUCUCCGGGUUUACCGACUCCUACGACGCUGUGUGUGCAACCCUGCAGGCUGUGCCGGAGAUUUCAAGGCUGUUACCUUAUUUUCAGCUAUUAUGCACAGACAGCUGUGUGGAGUUAAACCCGUUGUGUGAAAUGUUAUCUUUCUAUUGCAUCACGGCAGCUUGUUUUUGUCCAUUUAAUUUUAAAAUAUUUAGUUUGCAUAUCAAAUUAUACAAUGAUUCAAAGUCAUUGUUUUUUUUUAUUUCCUGCAUACAUAUUGCUUUCGCAGAGUGAUGUAGGGAAAAUUUUGGUGAUGCUUCUUUUUGUUGUUUUGUUGGGCUGGACUCCACCGUAAAAGAGAUUUUAUAAUAACAAAGCUUGAAAAAAAUGAAAAACCACUGACGGCAACAGCGCCUUUAGCCUGGCCCGCCCUCUGGUGGCCGCAAGGAGAAACACAGCCGGACUCGCGCACUGUCACGGGACCCGCGGAAAAAAAAAGUGCUCGCUCUGCAGAGGGAGCGCGCCGCUGAUCGUGCAAAGGGGAACGGGAGACACAGCUUAUUGGCUUUUCGACGAGACUUCAUUCUCCACGAUACAAGCUACAGACGAUGCUCUCCUAGUUACGUCACAAGGCACAGCGGUUAUGUCACAAACACCGGCCAGGGCACGUGGUGCGCCAUGAGCGUCAGACCCAGCUAGCUGGUUCACCAGACCCGGGCUGCUCACAGCUCCGCAGAGUAGGAGAACAACGCCUUGCCGAGGGAUGUCCUGGUCUUCAGACAGCGAGAGCCAGACCUCCAAGCUUGUGAGGAAGUCCAGGGACGCGCCUUUCGUCCCCAUCGGCAUGGCGGGCUUCGCGGGAGUGGUGGCGUACGGGCUGUACCGGCUGAAGUCUCGGGGCAGCAUGAAGAUGUCCGUCCACCUGAUCCACAUGCGAGUGGCCGCGCAGGGCUUCGUGGUGGGCGCCGUGACGCUGGGGGUGAUCUACUCCAUGUACAAGGAGUACCUGGCGCCACGGGAUCCCAGCCAGUCCAGUAAGUGAGAGGGGCUGCCGCUCCGCCUGGCCUCACCAACUCCGCGGAGAUGCGCUGCGUUCCACCAGCAGACCAGCACCAUUUCCAGCGGUUACAUCAGACUGCUUGUCUGCUCUCUGUGAACUUGUCCAUUGUGAACUCGCCCUGAGGCCUUGUCAAGGCUGACUCCCAAUGCACAGCCUUC